UUUUCGAUCAGAUUUCAGUAUUUUUAAAAGUAUUGUCGAAUUUCGUAAAUUAAUUUAUUAAUAGAUACGAGAUUAAAAGAAAUCGCGAUCAUGAGUCAAACCAAAAAUCGUAUUAAUUUGAGCGACGUGAGUGACAAGUUCACAGAAGAGGUGCUGGCAGACAUUCUCUGUAAAACAAGUAACGGGAAGAAGGUGCAGUUGACAGACUGGAAUUUUGGCGAGGGAUUUGCUAAAGGUGAUAGCUAUCUGUCGACUGUUAACAAGGGUAUACUAUAUGGUGUUAUAGACGGACAACAAGUGCAAGUUAAUUUCGUUGUAAAGUCAAUUCCCAAAAAUGUUGGCAGGAGAAAGACUUUCAGGAGCGAAGAUUUUUUCGGUAACGAAAUCAUGUUCUAUACAAAGAUUGUCCCCAAGAUUGAAAAAUUCUUAGCAGAGAAAGGACAAAGCAAUCUGCUGCGUAUACCACGUUACUUGGCUUCUCACAGGGAUGGUGAAAAUGAUUUUAUAGUCUUGGAAGAUGUUUCUCCCCUAGGAUUUGGACCUGCGUCCAGACAAAGCUGCCUGGACUGGACAGAAUGUACAGUAAUCUUAGAAGCCUUGGCGAAAUUUCAUGCAAUUUCAUUUGCGUACAGAGACCAAAGAAAAGAAGAAUUUGUAGAAUUAACAAGCCAUUUAAAAGAAACCUACUUUGGUGAUCAUAAUUGGAACUGGUACCAAGAAUUUCAUAAAAAACUAGUAGAUAUAGCUAAACAUGCAUUAAUGAUGGAAUAUCCUAACAGUAAAGCUGAAAAGCAAUUUAAUUCCUAUAAAUUUGGUACACUCUAUGACAAAUGCUCAGAAUUAAUAUGUAAUGAAGAUGCCCCGACGUUUGUUAUAGCCGCGGGUGAUUGUUGGGCCCCGAACUUUCUAGUACGAAAUAUUGGGCAAAAUAAAAAAGAAGCACUACUACUGGAUUUUCAGCUUGCACGUUGCGCUAGUCCUGUUACAGAUCUUUCGUUUUUAAUUUAUUCUUGCACUCAGAAGCCAUUUCGAGAUCAGUAUUAUGAUGACAUAUUAAAAGUUUAUCACUCCGAGUUGAGCAGUGCCAUUAAAUCUCUUGGAUCUGAACCAGAAAAGAUUUAUCCGUGGGAUUUAUUUAUGAAAGAUCUGAAGAAAAAUUUCAUACUUGGAUUAGUAUUUGCUCUAGAAUCUAUUCCAUUUUGUCUACUGGAUCCAUCACAAUCAUUCGAUUUAGAUGCUAUUAUCAAAGGCAAUGAGGCAGUAAAUAUUGUUGAAGUAUGGACAUUAUCCAAUAUUAAAACAUCAAGUGGAAGGCAAAGAUUAGCAGACGUAAUUGUUCAUGCAGUUGAGAAUGGUUAUUUAUGAAAAAGGAUUUAUAUGUAAUUCAACUUGUUGCGUUAUAGAAAAUUAUAA